GUACUGAGAAUAGUCGUUUACAGAACCUCAUUGGAAAGAGAGAAGGAAAGGAGAUGUGAAGACAAGUCUGAUUUUUCCACUGAAUUCUUGAAUGAAGACAAGUCUGAUUUUUCCAAUACAACGACUUGUAUUCUAAAGACCACAGGAGAUUAAAAGUUUACUCUCUUUGUGCAACAAUAUAGGGGUAUAUCCAUUUUGAAAAGAAACACAGAGAGAGAGAGAGAUGGAAGGGGAUGAUAAGGGUACUGUUUGUGUAACUGGUGGAACAGGUUAUCUUGCCUCAUGGCUGAUCAUGAGGCUUCUUCAACAUGGCUAUAAAGUUCAUACUACCAUUAGGUCUUACCCGGACACCAAGAAGGACAUUAGCUUCCUCACAAACCUCCCCGGCGCAACCGAAAACCUUCAAAUUUUCGGUGCAGACCUAGACCACCCCGUCAGCUUUGGCCCCGCCAUCGAAGGUUGCACUGGAGUCUUUCAUGUCGCCCACCCCAUGGAUUUUGACGACAAAGAACCAGAACAAGUCAAGCACAAGAGAGCCACCGACGGGGCAAUAGAAAUCCUUAAGGCAUGCCUAACUUCGAAGACUGUGAAAAGGGUUGUAUACACUUCCAGUGGAUCUGCUGUUGGUUAUAACAAGGGAUCAAGUGUUGUGGAUGAGAGCAUGUGGAGUGAUACAGAGUUUAUCAAGUCUUUGAUGCCUGUUGGGGCUUCUUACUAUGUUGGCAAAACAUUGACUGAAAGGGCUGUACUGGAAUUUGGAGAGAAACAUGGAUUGGAUAUUGUGACUGUGAUUCCUGCUUAUGUCAAUGGCCCUUUUAUUUCUCCGCGCGUCCCUGAUUCAGUAUCCAUUUCACUAGCCAUGAUCAUGGGCGACAAGGAUCAAUAUCGAUUAAUUGCCAAGGUACCAAUGGUGCACAUAGAUGAUGUGGCCAGUUCGCAUAUCUUCCUCCUUGAAUACCCUGAAGCCAAAGGGAGGUAUAUUUGUUCAUCAGUUGAUAUAACCAUUGAGAAGAUGUCUGAAUUUCUAUCAGCCAAAUACCCACAAUAUCAAAUUCCACCAGCUGAUGGUUUAAAGGAAGUUGAAGGGUUCAGAUAUCCUGAUUUUUCAUCCAAGAAGCUGCUGGAUACUGGGUUUGAGUAUAAGUAUGGACUUGAAGAAAUGUAUGAUGGAGCAAUUCAAUGCUGCAAAGAGAAGGGGUUUUUAUAGUUCAUAUGCAGUAAGGUAGUGUUUGGCUGAUUGGAAUGAAGCUGGAACAGAAAGAUUGUUUGUUGAUGUCUGGUGUUUUAUUCCUUUUUGUUAAUGGGGAGUCCAUGGUUUAAUCUAUAACGUGUUGAAUGAUUGUUUGUGGAAUUGCCAAGAGGCCAUUGGCCCAACGGCAUCCGGUGUGUACUUAGGUGUCGAGAGAGAAAUUCUAUGCAGCAUUAGGACAUUAAAUAGCAGAUAAAUUCCAAAUGUAUGCCUAUGAGUUCAAAUCUUACAGAACACUUUUGUCAUGUACUCUAUUAUGCAGUUUUCCUCUUUAUAUUUUUCUCUGAACA